CCUUCCACAACACGUCAAACCUUGAGUUACAGUUCGCGUCGGUCAUAUCUUACAUCGUGUAUGAUGCGCGAAUGGUGACACGGCCAAGUGUUGCAUUGCCCUGUCUUUCCCUAGUUUUUCUUCUUUCCCUGGGCUGUUCUGUUCCAUUUUUGCUUGGGGUGUCCUGGACGGUCGAGACUCGAGAGGGAGACUCGAGAGUCGACACUGCCGGUACACCCCAAUGCGGUAGGGAUAGACCUUCCGUUGCGCAAUUCACAACCAUCAAUGGAGGCCCAAGCCCUGGAACAUGAGCGCCGGCUCGAGAGUGCGCGGGGCGAGGAGGCGCUGAAGCAUGCCAUAUCGGCUGCAGAAUUGUAUAUGCAGGCCGCCGUGAAGGCAAAGACUCACGCAGAACGGUCCCGUCUCAAGCGGAAAUGUGCCGAGCUCAUCGCGCUUGGGGAGCGUCUCAAAGCAAACGCCAAAGCCGCCGCUGCUGCCUCCCGACCCCCCGUGCCCGAAUCGACCCGUACCCUGACCACGUCCGAGAAGACCAUCCUCCUCAAGGCUUCACACCUGCACGGCAAUGUCUUUCCGCCUUGGGAUUCUGCAAAAGCCCCCGGCAGCUCCGAGGAUACCGGGGCCACCGGGGACGCUUACAUCGAUCCCUCCCCCUUCUCGCUCUCUGCUGAGCAGCAGGCCAUCUUUGCAGGCUGGAAGCGGCCCGCCGAACUCGUGCCAGGGGCUCAAGACGGACUUACAGAAGUAGAUUUGGAGCAAUCAAUGGCUGCCGUCACCGAGACGGACUUCGCCCAGGACUUGGCUACCGAUUGCUCUGUUGUAGCUAGUCUAUGUGCUGCGACCCGCCAUCUAGGGCCUACAAAAGACUCUCUACUUGCCUCACUUAUACACCCGUUUGACCACAAUGCCAUACGACCCGCCGUCUCCAAGAACGGCAAGUAUGUAUUUCGCAUGUAUUUCAAUGGCACUUGGCGUCGGGUCAUCAUCGACGACCGUCUGCCUGCUUCCUCGACCAAUCGCACCCUCUAUGUUGUUGACAGACGCAAUCCCAAGCUCAUCUGGCCAGCCCUCAUCGAGAAGGCCUAUCUGAAAAUACGCGGCGGCUACGACUUCCCUGGGAGCAACUCGGCGACAGACCUGCAUGCCUUGACAGGAUGGAUUCCCGAGCAGAUCUUCCUCCAGAGCCACGAUAUCGAACUAGACGAGACAUGGAAUAGAAUCAAGAAGGCCUAUGACGAUGGCAAUGCCAUACUCACCCUGGGGACAGGGAAUAUCUUGCCCGAGGAGGAGCUGGCGCUAGGGCUAGUCAAGGAACAUGACUACGCCGUGCUCGAUCUGAAAAAGGAUGGGAGUAGCCGGCUACUCCUGAUCAAGAACCCCUGGGUGGACAGCCUGGUGUGGACCGGUGUCGGGUCUUCGGCGACGCUCAAAACGCACACGCUAGGCUCGACGUCCGCCAACGGGUCGAACCAGUUUUGGAUGGCCUUCGAGGACGUCCUCCAACACUUUGACUCUCUUUACGUGAACUGGAAUCCUGCGCUGUUCGCCCACCGCCAGGACCACCACUUCAAAUGGGAGAUGCCCGACAAAACCGAAGAACUCGUCUUUACGCACAAUCCACAGUACAGCGUUUUGUCUCCCUCGCGCAGUCCCGUCUGGGUUCUGCUCAGCCGCCACUGGCAGGACGGCGAGCUCGACAUACUCCGCGAGCGCAGAGCCAGCAGAGAUCGGCCCGACCCCUCGCUCGCCAACGUCUCCAAGCAACUCGGGUUCAUGGCCCUCGCGCUUUACGCGACCAGUCCAGCAGGUACUCGUGUCCCGCUACCAGACGAAACCCGCCGGCUGCGCCAAGGGCCCUACGUCGACAGCCCGAAUACCCUCCUCCGCUACAACCCUACUCCAGGCAUCCCGCAAACCCUUGUUGUCGCGCAAAGCGACCUGCCCCUUCCGUCAUACACCUUCACCCUCUCCUUCUUCUCCUCGGAGCCCCUGACCAUCUCCCCGGCUCCGGAACCAUUCCCGUAUAGCACUACUCUUCGGAGCGCCUGGACGCGGCGCACGGCGGGCGGCAGCGCCACCCAUCCGACCUAUCUCACCAACCCGCAGUGGUCCUUCACCCUGGCCACGCCAUCCCCCAUCUCCCUCGUCCUGAGCACAGACACACGGGACUUACCCGUGCAUGUAGCCGUCCUGUUUUCCUCCCCCGCCUCCUCCACCUCCUCCACCUCCAACGGCCGUUCGGCAGCAAAACGCGCGGCGUACGUGUCGGGCCGGGACGUGGUGGCGUCGAGCGCCGAGUACCAAAGGGGUUUCGCCUCGGCUGCCACCGCGACGGCACGGCCCCUCGACCGGGGCACCUACACCGUCGUGGCCAGCACCUACGAGCCGGGGCAGACGGGCCGCUUCACCCUCCGCGUCUCGGCCGCCGUGACCCUCAGCCUCGUCCCCGUGCUACCCGACGCGGCGGGUAUGCUGCGCACUACCGUACCGCAGACACCACCGCCACCCCGUCGCGACGGCUCGCACUCGCACUCGCAGUCGCACGCGCACAGCCGCAGGUUACGCGCCAGGGUCGGUCUGGAACGGCUUACCCGUUUGAGCGCGCUGGCUACUACUACUACUACUCCUUCUACAUCUUCUGUCGCCUUUGCUUCUGCUUCUGCUUCUCCUCCCGCUUCCGCAGCCAUGGUGAUGGCGGUGAGGGUUGCCCUCGAGCUGGGCACGGGUCCCCACCGGACUGUGCUAGCCGUGUCCAGGGAGGGGGAGUUUGCCGACGCGUCGAUGGGGCUGCGGACCGGCGAGGUGGACGUUGAGCCCCAAUUCGUCCGGGAGCGGGGUGGGUUGUGGGUGGUUCUGGAGCAGAUUGGGGGAGGCGGCGGGGCUGGUUCUGAUUCGAGGUUACCGCUCCAGGGGCAGCAGCAGCAGCCGGGUGUGCAGGUGGAGGUGCUGAGCGAUGCUGUGGUGCACUUGGGCGCGUGGGAGAAUGCUGAUGAGGACUGAGGGCAUGUGCCACAGAACACAGAGAGAUAUGUAUAUCACGUACGAAAGCAUUGGGCGACCCAAGUCUAGCGGAGCAAUUUGACAAGGUCCGUACGUUGGGAGCAGAGACAUCAGCCAGCG